UACGAAAAGCGACGUCCAACUACCGAGCAAGAUCCGUUCUAUAAGACGCCGCCGCGUCCUUGCCACCCACAGCGCAAGUACACUCCGAUCCCCGGUGACAUCAGUUUCGUCAGGGAGCGAGAGCGAAAGCGAGAUGCCUCCCGCUCCCGGCGUGGCAGACCAGGCCCAGGCGGCGCCACGGAGCCCUCACCGGGGCAACGGCGGCGCCGUCGUCAUGCCGCAGAGCCCGCUGCGCAUCAGGCAGGACGGCAAGUUCUACGAGCGGCUGCUCACCAAGGACAAGGAGACCUCCGCGGCCAACCUGUCGUUCCGCUACUACUGGGCGGAGCCCGGGGCGGUGCCGUUCGUGUGGGAGUCGCAGCCGGGCACGCCCAAGGACGUCGCGCGGCGGAUAGGCGCCGCCGGCGCCCUCCCGGCCAUCACUCCGCCGCCGUCCUACCUGCCCCGCCACGGCAACGGCGGUGGCGGCGGCGGCAGGCAGGCGGCGCGCCACGACCAGAGGAGCGGCAGGCAGAGGCGGCGGUGCAGGCUCAGGCGGAUCAGGGUCGGCUUCAUCGCGGGCAUCUUCCGGAGGCUCCGCCUCUUCAGGCCGUGGCGGCGGUCGGCGCCGCCGGUCAAGGUGUCCUCCUCCUCCAGCCGCUGGCUGUUCUCGUCCGUGGCCGCGGACACAGGCGAGCACACCCUCCCCCACCAGGACGACAUCGCCGCCGUCGCGAAGCAGCAGCACAAGGCCGCGCCGGGCAGCUUCGCGGCCCCGUGGCUGUUGCGCCUCCGCGGCAGCUCCGGGAGCCGGGGCGCCGGCGGCGGCGGCACCCACGGCUGGGCGUAACGGUCGCCCUCAGGGGCGGUGACGCCGACGCCAGGAAAGGAAGGGUGGAGGAAUCAAUCGCAAGUCAGAAAGUGGUUUGUUAUGGUUAACGAAAGACGUUGACGGCUGUGUUCGUGCAUGCGAAGACUUUGUUCAGAGUAUCUCCAUCAAGCAAGGCCAAACGCUUGGCGUUGCCUAGCGAGAUCUGCAUGAAAUUUUUAUUCCUUUGUGUUCAUCGUGCUUACAGAUGUUCAGAUAGUAUAUACACCUCCACUUUUUGUUGUACAUGCUCAUGAACUAUUCAGAUGGAAUCCUAUGUUUGUUGUACCUCCACUUCUGCUACUUGUCUUAAUAUGUGAUCCUAUCAUAGUAUCAUUACCAUCAUCAUAUAAAUUAGUUGCAUGUAA